UUCCUCUUCUUCUUCUUUUUCCCGGCCUCCUCCUCCUCCUCCCCCUUCUUUUUCUACUUCCUUCUACCUCUUAAAAAAAUAUUCUUCUACCUCUUCUUCUUCUUCCUUUUCCUCUUCUUUUUGUUUUCCUCCCGGCCUCCUCCUCCUCCUCCUUUUUCUUUUUCUUUUUUCUUCUUUAUCUCUCCUAUAUAGCUCCCUGGAUUUUCCCAUGUCUAGGCUAUACCGGUACCUCUCAGUUGCAUCUCUAAAAGCAUUAAUCAAAGAUAUUUUCCGACUGUGCCAUCAUUACUUCACCUUCGUGGUCGAGUGGUGUGACCGCCUAGCUUUGAAUCUGUGGGCCAGGGUUCGAAUCCCCGGCCUGGGCAGUCGGCGCGCAGCUCACUCAGGUGUUAUAUAGGAAGCAUUACAUUUACCUUGAUGGGAAGUGUGGAGGAGGACCUAAGAAGCGAUACAAAGCGGAACAACUCAAAAGAAGAAGAAGAAGAAUACUCAGCCACUCACGUUAUGGCGGACAAGCUUUAACAGCACCGUUUUGAUAUUUGACACGACGCCCUCCUGCCUCGGAGAGCAGAAUUAAAGAUGGAAUUCAAGGGUAGAAGAGUACGCAGAAGAUUAGAAAUUCAGAUUGAAGUUAACUAUCCCUCUGGCGUUCAGUUCUACAGUGACCCACCAACAGGAGACAUCUUAUUGACUGAAUUUGAUGACAUUGCCUCUGACAGGCUGAAAAUUUUAAGAGCUGUGGAACAUUUGAAUCUGCUGGGUUAUGUCAAAGAUUCAGAUGAAUGGAUUAAUAAUUUGUAUGAAGAAUUUUCAAAGAACAAGUAUUUCAUCAAUGCAGCUGAUAAAGAUUCCAAAGAAAGAGUUGAUGAAAUUCAGAAAGCCAGAAGGCAGGAUCACGUGUCUCAUUUCAUCCUGCGUCUUGUCUUCUGCCGGAGUGAGGAUUUGCGUCGGUGGUUUGUUGAUCGCGAGACUGACCUGUUCCGGGCUCGCUUGCUUUAUGCUUCCAGGUCUGGUUUAGAUCUAAAAGCUUUCUUGGUGGCCAACAACCUUAAAUAUCUCAUUGUGGCAGAGGAGGAGCAGCAAAGGAAACGGGAGAACCUCAUUGCAGGCAGUUUUCAUGUCGGUGAGGACAAUAUAGACGGAAUGACAUUUUACAAGGUUCCAUUUACAGAUGCGUUGGAACUGGUAAGACGGAAGAAAGUGUUCCUGAAAGCUGGUCUUGCCUAUGUCCCAGAAGGUGACGUGGCCACCCUAGUCAUUAAUUCCUUCAGGACACGUCUGUCUCGGGCUGUGGCAAAUGCAUACAAAGCCCUGCCUGAAGUGGAGAGUGAUGAGCGUCUGGUUUGUCUCUUGAAAGACUUUGACAAGCGCUACAUUGCCAAAGAUUACUUAUCCAGGAAGCCAGUCAACAUUCAUAUUACUCCAGAUGUGAUUGACAGCUUGGCUAACAAGUCUUUUCCACCUUGCAUGCGGCAGCUCAAUGACGUUUUGCGAUCCACCUAUCACCUGAAGCACCACGGCCGCCUCAUCUAUGGACUGUUCCUCAAGGCUGCUGGCUUAAGUAUGGAGGAUUCGCUAACCUUCUGGAGAUCUCACUUUCUAAAAAUCAUGGAUGAGGACAUGUUUCGUAAAAAAAAGUAUGCAUAUGGCAUCCGAUACAUUUAUGGAAAAGAAGGAAUGAGAAAAGACUGUCUUCCCUAUGGGUGCAUGAAGAUCAUUGGGCACAGCCCUGGACCAAGUGAAACUCAUGGCUGCCCAUUCCGGCACACUGAUGCCCCUUUGCUGUGGCAGCGUCUUGCAGCCUAUGGAGUGUCACAGCAGGUUAUCCAUGAAAUCAUGGUUUUGGUAAGUAAGCAGCACUACCAAGCAGCCUGCCAAUGCUUCUGGGAAGCUUUGCAUGGUGUUCCCAUAGAGGGUGGCAUCGACCAUCCCAAUCAGUUCUUUGAAGAGAGCUACAUGCUCCUGAAUGGAGGUGCACAACCCAGCCAAGUUGAGUAUACGUCGGGGGGCACGUCAAAUCACCCACCCUACGACGCCAAGUCUGAAGGUCCCUCCGGGCGAGACUCCAUACAGGAAAGAAGCAGCCGGAGGUGAGAGCCACACAUUCUGUCAUGUGUGCAUCCCAGGCAUCCAGCCAGCCCAGCCAGGCAUCCAGCCAGCCCACUCAGGCACCACCAGACAACACAGAAGUCUCAGAAAUGGAAACAGACAUAGAUGAUGAAACUGAAACUGCCAUGCUGAAGAUAUCUCUGGAAGGAUUGAAAUAAGAAAAGAAUAUCUUAUAUAUAAUUAUGUAUCAUGCAGGAUGUAUAUUACCAUAUAUUUUUAUUAACCAUUAUAUAUUUCACCAAGAAAAUGAGAAGUUUUGUUCAUUGGUAUUGGUAUAUUAGUAUAUCAGUUGUUUUAAGUGAUUUAUGAAAAUAAUAUAUUAAUAUAUAAUAUAUAUAAUUCAUAUUAUUUGAUGAAGCUGAAUUUUUUAAAUAAAAAAAUAUAUAAUUUUUAUAUGAUAAAACAAUAUUACACACGGCUGUUGUCACUUUUACACUUUUGGCUGGGUAGGUGACAGAUUUCCACUUUCUCAGCCUUUCCCUUGAAGUUAGCUCUGAGCCUGUCACUGCAACCCACCCCAUCCCACCCUUCCCUUCCUACACACACCUACACAUCCCAGGAGACAACAGGAGGAGUGUGGAUUAAGAAGGGGAGAUCAGAAAGGGGGCUGUGCUUAGGGAACCUCAGCUUCAGCAGGAAAAGUAUGAUGAGCGUGGUCACAAUCAACAUCUUUAUCAAACUUGGUAACCCAAACGUUUCGACCUCAGGAUGUCAUCUUCAGUGGUCUAAAAACAAUACAUGAACAAAUUUCAGCAGGGAGACUACACAAUAUAAAAAUAAGCUUUAAAAUACCCUAAAAUAGUAAUCAAACCUAAACUAGCUAAAAACUAUAAAUUAAGUAAGGGGGACAACAGACAUAGUAUAUUAAGUGGGGGAACAUUGAUAUAUGAAUUGUAAAUUAUGGUGAUGACAAUAUUUAGAAAUUAAGAAAAUGUAAUCUAAUAGUGCUAUAAUAAGUAACUAAAAAACUGAGAGCAUAUUUAAGGAACAUUUAGGGAACUGCAGACAGAGUGUUAUCAAGCGAGGGACUAAGUGAAGUAAGCUGAAAGUCUGACAAAUUAAAGAAAAAUGUGUCUGCCAAACACGAAAGGAAACUUAGAAAUAUUGGUGCUAAGUAUUAUUUACGCUCGUGUGACCCAAACAAGGUUAUUUUUAACUACUCAAGUGUUCAACUUGAAUUUGCUGGUGACAGUCAGGAAGUCGGAGGCGGCCGCUUCACUGUGGCGUCCCUGUGGUUCCUCCCUUGGAGGAACAAUACUUGGAGUGGCCCUCAGCGGGUCGCUCUUCAUUGUGAGGUGAAGCAAGGUGGGUAGGGGAGGGCGGAGCUUAGUCGAUGGGCGGAGCCAGCAAUUCCACCCAAAACAUUGCGUUCUCGUUCCCAGAUUGUCGGCAUAAAUGAGUUUGUCUGCCUUAUUUCUUCCACAUAUCAUAUGUUUUUAGUUAUUCAACUGCUGCAGUAUAUGCUCUAAGGAUUUAUGUACAGGUUUUAAUAGAAAAACACCAGCAUUUCCUUGUCUAUAUUCCGUAGAAGCUGAGAAGAAAUGUUCCACACCCACCUUGAUCCCUCACACUUCCUCUGUAUAAUGUUCAUUAUGUAUUGACCAUGGUCUUACUUUUAAUGCAGAAGCAUGUAAAGCCUUCUAUGUAGAACGUUUCAGAUUUGAUCAAAACUCACUACGAGUAAACAGAAGGAAGUAUUGGGGCAGGAAGGAGAAAAAACUUACCCGUACGCAAAUAAUAGUAUAUAGUAUUUGAUUCAAUGUCAACCAACCGUGUUACACAAUCAUGCAUGUCAUUGUUAGAGGAAUAUUAACCAGUAAAUGGAGAAAAUGCAACAUACAGGUCAGGCACCAAUUACUGCGAGAGGGUUUGGUUACAUGUUUUUAGGGAGAGAAAUGAUUGUGGAGUGGUGGAGAUAGCUUGAUCACCGGAGAUGAAAAAAGAGACUUAAAAGAGUGGAAUAAAUUAUAGAAGAUAACUCCUGUAAGAAAGAAUGAGAGAGAAUGAAAAUGAGGGAGAAUGAUAAGAAGAAUAAGACUGAAAAUGAGAGAAAGGUAGGUAAUGAGAAUGAAAAAGAAUGAAAAUGAGGGGGAAUGAGAGAGAAUUGAGAAUGAGUUAAUGAAAAUGAGAAAGAGGGAAUGAGAGAGAGGGAAUAAGAAUGACAGAAUGAGAGAGAGGGAAUAAGAAUAAGUGAGAAAAUGAGAUAUCGAGAGAAAGUGAGAAUGUGGGAGAAUGAGAAUGAGACUGAAAGACAAUGAGAAUGAGAGAAAGAAUGUAAGAAUGAGAGAAUGUCAGAGAAAGAAAGAAUGAGAGAGUUGAAUUGAUGAGGACGAGAGAAUGAUAAUGAAAAUAAGAUUGAGAGAGAAUGUGAAUGAGAGAGAAAUUAAUGAGAAUUUAAUGAGAGGGAAUAAGAAUAAGAAAGAGAAUGAGAAUGAGAGAUUGAGAAUAAGAAUGAGAGAGAAAAUGAGGAUGAGGAAGAAAGAGAAUGCAGAAUGAUUUUGAGAGAGAAUGAAAAUGAAGGGGAAUGAUUGAAUGAGAAUGAGAAUGAGAGAUGUAAUGAGAAUUAUAGAGGAUGAGUAUGAGAGAGGCAAUGAGAAAGACAAAAUGAGAGAGUGGGGAUAAGAAUAAGACUGAGAGAAAAAGAAUGAAGGAGGAUUAUAAUUUUUAAUGAGAAUGAGAAUAUGAGAGAUAUUAAGAAUGAGAGAGAGUGUGACAGAGAGAGAAUGAGAAUGUGAGAAAAAAUGUAAGAAAGAAUGAGAGAAUGCAUGUGGUUGAAGGUGACUUGGUCCUAUCAAUUGCACUUGUUUCAUGUUUUGGAAAAUAACUUUGUGCUCAUAACAUUUCUAAUUGCACCCAAAGACCUCUACAUUCCAGCAAUUUGAUCUGUUUGUGUGUAAAAGCCAUGGAAAAGGAAUUACGGAUGAUUUCCUUGAAAUUACUACCUACCAGGCAAUCAUUCGCAUUCUGUGUCGCUCCUUUUCUAGCCUAGUUUUCUCCCCUCUUAUGUAAUGUUUCGCUAUAAAAGUAAUUGUAUCGUACCGAGGAAACGUUAUGCUGCCAUCCCUGCCUCUGUGGGUGCGACCAAAUGUAGUGCCCCGGAAAAUUGGGGGCGGCGCUCUUUAACUUUUUUUAUGACUGAAUUAGACUGAAUUAGAGACUGCAUGUACGUUAACCAUAGCUGGGUGUUAUCGCGAUAUUUUAUUGAUGAUAACAAAAUCGGGUUAUCGGCCAUUCGCUACCUAUUUAAAUAUAUAUCAGUAUCUUCAUUAAUUUUUUAACCAAACUAGCGAUAAUCGCUACUUUUUUCGCCUCAGAAAAAAAACUUGUCUCCCUACUGCGCAUGUGUGGCCUGAUGAAAAAACUUCGGGGUAUGAAAUAUCUUCGGUGAAGAGAUUUCACACUUAGAUCAUCAACAUUAAACCACUAGGUUAUUUUUUUAUGUUACUCAAAAAUCAAUAUAUCAAAGAGAAAAAUCAUUUAACUUUGCCCAAAAAAUGAUUAUUCACUGCCUCAAAUUUGAUAUUCCAUAUUCGUUUGUGAGCAUUCCAUGGUAUUGAAGGCACCCGGUGUUGUAUUAUUUGGUGUCCCAUCGUCAAAAGCUGGCGCUUUUGUUUACAAACACGUACUGGUCUCGUGAACUGCGCAUGUUCAGACCAGUAAGUGUAGACCUGUACAGUCUCACAAAGCUUUUUAACACAUUAAUUACGAGUUGCUGGAAAGCUGAAUCUGACAUACAGUGCCACCACCCUCCCUAGCUGUUUCUAGAACGACACUCUGUACAUACAAAUACAACUCGUACAAAUCGAUCGAGUGUUGGUCUAGAAACAGCGAGGAUGGUGGUAUUGGUACUGUAUGUCUGAUUCAGCCUUCCAGCAACUCUUAAUUACGGUUAAAAAGCUUUGUGAGACUGUACAGGUCUACGUGCUUGCUGGUCUGAGCACGCGCAGUUCACGAGAGACCAGUGUUUGUAAACAAAAGCGCCAGCUUUUGACAGUAGGGACGCCAAAUAACACAACACCGGCUCAGGCGUUUCUAGUAUUACCGUCCAUAUGUACGUGUCAACGUGUGGUUUUCAGGUUUUGUAAGUUUUCUAAAAUACAGAUGAUGAAAAUUUGAAUUCAUUUUUUUAUUUUUUUAUCUGAAAUAUCAAUAUAGUAUCGUUUUCGCCUAUCGGACUUAUUGCUAGCUAGUAUCGGAAUUGUGGAUUUAUAUCGGUAUCGGUUAUCGGUUAUCGCCUAUAUUUGUGUCUCCAGUUAACGAAUAUCGGUUAUCACCGAUAAGGUUUUUCAUUAUCAGUUAUCGGUUAUCGGGAAUAAGGUUUUCUGUUAUCGUGCCCAGCUAUGACGUUAACUUACUGAGCAUAGAACAAAUUUAAGACUUAAAUAAACUCCCGCGUAAUUGAAUGCGAACGACUAUAGAAGGUAGGCUGCCACCACCCACCGAUGAGGGUUGGAACCCCCUUAAAGGGGAGAAAAUAAGACUGCAUGAUUGUCUACACUCAACUACGCCGGAUGAAAGACGGGAGAAAACACUUGAGGGGGUAGCGUAGACACUGAAGAGGGAGGGAGACGUGAAGGUACGGAUUUCCUUGUGUGGCGUCCGGCUGAUCAACUCGUAACCUUAAGAUUAAAUGAGGAACAGUGAUAAACAGAAUAAUAUAAUUACAAGGGGAAUUUUACUGAGACAUUUGUUACAAAGAUAAAAUAUAAUUGUUUGUUCUAGAGCCUAUAGGCCGGCUUUGUGAAAUUACAAAAAUAUAAAGUUACUACUGAGAACCUUAAACCCAAACAAACUUCCCUUGUCGAGCCUAUGGCUCCCACACAAGGGUAACAAGAACGCGACUACAUAUUAGUAAUACUUGGGCGAGACGUUUGGAGAAGCAGGGGGGAUGUGUGUGUGUGUGUGUGAAACGGAGUGGAGACGUGCUGACUGGUCACCAACAGGGCCUAUAUAGGGCGGGUGAACGGAGACUGGCUUAACUACUUAACACACUGGAUAUGUUGGUAUAUAUUAAUAUAUUAACACGAGGGAAAAAAUGAGAAUUUAUUUAUUUUUAUUUAUUUAUUUUUUGUGAUGGUGAGGGGGGGACACGAGCAACGUGAACGCAGGUAUUACUUACAGGGCGGAUGAACGGAGACUAGCCCGCGGGCCCGGCGAGAGAGAGGGACACGUGUGUGGUUGAAAAUUGGAGUGUCUCAAGGCGUGAUUUAUGGGGAGGGAGGGAUCGAAGUGUUAAAUUGAAUUAGCUCUCUGGGGAACAAUUAAGUCGAUCAGGAACAAAGCUGGGAGGUAGGGAAGGUUUGCAAAAGACUUAAACCACGGGAUGGAGUACUAGCUGUAGGAUAUAUCAAUGAAUGCUCUUAUUUUGCCAGCAGUGUUCAUUGCAAUGACGUGAUGAACUGACCUGGCAUCAGCAAAAAACUAGUAAGAAAACUAUUUGUUAACGUACGCCGCAUGCAUAUUUAUUUUUGGUAGUUCCACCAGGGCCACCAGAUAGCAG